AUGCCCGUGUACAUGCUGCACGGCUUCCGCUGGCCGCGCUCUGGCUUUACGGGGAUCCGGGUGUACGUGGUGCUGCACAACCUGGAAGACGCGGCGGCGGAAUACAUCCAACAGCCUGUCACAUCGGACUUGCUGGGCGAGUCGCUGAAGCGCACGGCACCGCAGCUGAUGGCGCGCUUGCCGGCGCUGCAGUUCAUCGAGUCGUAUGACCCCUGCGACGAGACGAGUAAUACGGUCAGCCAGGAAUAUGCAUAUGUGGGCGUCAGAGUUCUGACGAUUCCGGACGGGAGCUCGGAGCCUGAGGACCUGGCACCGGGGGAAACGGUGUCCGAUCUAGUCGAGAAACCUGGCGCUGGAUUAUCAGAGGACGAGAUCAAAGCACUGGAGGAGCUACGGGAUAUGCUGGCUCCCGGAGAGAAAAUCGGCUGGUUUAUGGUCUACAAUGGGGAUCCGGAGAGAUACUACCCUCGAUCGGAUAGCGAGGAUGAAUUUGACGAUGUGGACAGCUACAUGGAGGACAGGGGGUCAACCACUGAGGCGCCAACCGAGCCAAGUACACCAAGUACACCUCAAACACCAACUACACCACGGAGCUACAAGGCGGUGAGCCAAGCCGGCAGUAUCCCAAUCAGCUUCACGAUAGCGGAGACCGCGGAGAUCAAGUCGCGCAUCAUCCGAAGCCCCGCGACUCGCAGAUGCUAG